GAAAAGUUUGGGGAUUGGGCCAACGUAAGCCUCAUCUAGAAGGCCUUGACCAUGACCCCCACUACACUGACUCUCCAUUAAAUUAAACUCAGAAGAAAAUGGCCGACUUGGGUCGAACAUCAUAGUGCGACCACACCAACCUCUGUUCAGUCCUUCAGUCCUCACACAACCACGAUUACCUUUUUGGGUUUCUCCCUUCUCCCCUAACAAUGCAUGAUCUCCGGCGAGAGCCUCCCAGGAACCUUGUCUAUUCAUCCAAUUCCAAACAAGUUGGCAGAACCCAGAUGGACUUUGGCGUGCGGGUUCGAAGAACGGCUCAGAAUUACGAGAAUUAUGGUAGAACAGGAGGCAGUGCGAUUGAGUUCGGAACUCAAACACAGGUUGAAGAUGAUGAAUCUGGUGUCUCGUCACCACCGUUGUGGAAGACAAGUUCACCCCCUAGUCCCACAGAAGCUGCACCACUGCACCCCCGCCGCAACCACCACCACCACUACCAGUAUCUCUCUCCGACAUCCCGAUCCCAGGCUAUUGCCAGAGGAAGAUGGGAGAUGGUGGAGAUGAUCCAAAACAUGCCCGAGUCCAACUAUGAGCUCUCUUUGAAAGAUAUUGUUGAGAAGCCAGUUGUGCAAGCGGUAGAACAGGUGACAGUGGAUGAAAAUGGUGAUCUGAAUAAUGGCAGGAAGAUGAAAAAGGAGCAAGGAGCAAGGAAUGGAAGGAGAAAUGAUAAGAAAGGGAUUUUGAGAACUGAAAGCAUGGAUCGUGGGGUUUUUCUUUUAAAUAUGUUCUUCCCAACUUCUAUGGGAUCGAAGAAAAAGAAGAAGAGCUCGAUAACGGGUAAUUGUUCCAAAGUUUCUCCUAGACCUUCGCUGGAGGGAAGUGAGAGAGGUGUAGAUAAGGAUUGGUGGAAGAAAAGGUUCUCUGUCUCAGGAGAGGCUGAUGAUGGUGGAACAAAUAGCAACUGUGGGAGCAAAGGAAGCGCCGGAAGCAGUGGUAGGAGCAGUGGUAGGAGCAGUAGGAGGAACAGCAUUAAAAGCGGGCAACUAGGUGGUUGCUUACCUGUUAUCUGGCCCUUCAACACAAAGGAAAGCAAAACGAGAUACCACAACGAGUCCCCUUUUUGAAUAGGUAGACUACAUAUGUUCCUGUAUGUUUGUUGUUAUUAGAAACAGCUUACUUGAAAACGGUUUCUACAAUUCUACUCUUUACCCUGUAAAAGAGUUUCAAUAUGAUGUGUAUAUUCUGGAAAAGGAAGAUCUGUGGUGAGCUUUUCUUUGGUCUUUGACUCUUUUGCCCCUCUGUCUUUGGUUUGUUGGGUGAGAGAUGUGUAAGGUUGAUUCCAUAAUGGACCCUGUUCACUUGAGCAUA